CAUCGAUCAAGCGAUGCGAAAAGCUCGUUCACAAAAUGCCACUGCGAUUAACUUUGCUCCUUUUCGCGAGUAUCAUUUCUAUUUGGCGCAUUAAUUGAAUCUUUUUAUUUUUUUACCAGGCGCAUUAAUUGAAUCUAUUAUAGCGACAGGGAGGGAGGGAGGGAGGAAGACGUAGUGAAAUCUGGUCCGUGUAUGAAACGAAGGACACAGGGUCGAACACCGAUGCCUUUUCUUUUUCCUCCUUACCCUCUUGCGGAAACCUGCAAAUUUUCAUUCUUUCAGUUGUCUUCGUUAGUCAAGAAUCUUUAUCUACUGCAGAGCUGUUCAGUGCGCCCUUUGAUCUUCCUUGAAUGGCGGAGGAGGAAUCGGCUUCGUCUCCCACUGUGUUGAGCAUGGAGGGUCUUGACGAUGUGGAGGACUACGUUUUGGCAUCCCAACCGGAGGGUUUGACAAGGGAAACAUACCAUCAUGUUGUUGAACUUGUGCAGAAUGGCAAUGUAGCAUUUCGGGAUAACCGUAUGGAAGAGGCGAUCAACUUUUACUCUAGAGCAAAUAGCAUCAAGACUAGUGAUCCUGUUAUACUCAGUAACCGAAGUGCAGCUUAUAUCUGGAUUAGCCAAUUUUUAAAACACAGACCUCCAUCAGCUUCAGAAUAUAGUCCAUUGAGUGGGCUUGAUCCUACAACGCAUGCUGAACUUGGUUUGAAGGAUGCUGAGAAGCUUGUCAACAUCCGAAGUAGUUCAGUAAAAUCGUACCUUUUAAAGGCCAAUGCUCUUUAUCUGUUGGAGAAAUAUGAGAUGGCUCGGGAUGUUAUUCUUUCAGGCCUUCAGGUCGAUCCAUAUAGUAAUUCUCUCCGGAUGUCUCUCUCAAAUCUGGAUAGAGCAUUGGCUAGUUUGGCAAGGAUGAGUACACAUGGACAGCCAGAGCGCAGUGAUGACUUUGAUUGCACUCUUUGCCUCAAGUUACUUUAUGAACCUGUUACAACCCCUUGUGGACAUUCUUUUUGCCGGUCAUGUCUAUUUCAGUCCAUGGAUCGUGGCAACAGGUGCCCAUUGUGCAGGACAGUUCUGUUUAUUAGUCCUAGAACGUGUUCUGUCAGUGUGACAUUGAAAAACAUUAUACAAAAGAACUUUCUGGAGGAAUAUGCUGAAAGGAGGCAAGAGAAUGACAAUUUGACCAACUUCGGCUUAGAUUUGAUCCCUCUUUUUGUCAUGGAUGUUGUCAUUCCAUGCCAAAAGUUCCCCCUCCAUAUAUUUGAACCUCGUUAUAGACUGAUGGUAAGAAGAAUAAUGGAAGGAAAUCGUCGGAUGGGAAUGGUUAUAAUUGAUUCUGCAACAGAUUCCCUCGCUGAGUUUGCCUGUGAAGUGGAAAUUACUGAGUGCGAACCACUUCCAGAUGGGCGUUUCUAUAUAGAGAUUGAAAGUCGUAGGAGAUUUCGUAUCAUCCGAUCCUGGGAUCAAGAUGGGUAUCGUGUUGCAGAGGUUGAAUGGAUUCAGGAUAUUAUGCCGUUGGAAGGUACACGAGAAAGAGAAGAUUUACAGGAAAUAACAAAUAACGCAGCAGAAAGUGCUCGAUCAUGGAUCAGAAGGGCUAAAGAGGCAGCAGGACAAGAAUUCGAUACAGAUCAAAGAAGGCUCGAGAGACUGUUGAAUGUUGAAGUUAUGAUGCCCCCUCUCCAAGACCCUGAGCGCUUCAGUUUCUGGCUUGCUACCUUAUCAAACCGGAGGCCUUCAGAAAAACUGGAUCUUCUACGCUUGAGAGAUACUCAAGAGAGAAUCAGACGUGGUCUGAUAUAUAUGCGAGCUGAGGAACAAGGCUGCAGAAUCCAGUAAAAGAUCUGCUAUGGCGGACUCACACUAAUAAUGCCAAUUAUAUACCUUGUCCCAAACUCAUUCAAUAUUCUUUGGCCUCUUUGAAUGGCGUUAAUGAGGUCAUUUUUGUUGUAAUUGAUCACACUAACACAUGAAGUCAACCCCCGCAUUUUGCUGUACUAUUGAUCAAACUUCUAUUUAUUCAUUUCAGCUUUAUAAUAUA